AUGAUGAAAUCAAGAGAAGGUUAUUUUUUAUUGAAUUCAUUUGCAUUGUCUGAAAAUGAGCCAGAAUCGCAACUUGAUGAUGUCAUAUUGAAUGCACAUCAUCAUGCUGUUCAAAUAGCCGAAAAUCCAUGGGAAAAGAGAGCAAGCAAUCUCAUAUUGGCUAUCGCAUGUAAAAAAUAUGAACGAGUAAAACAAUAUAUAUACGAACAUCGAAGUACUAUGAAUUGGCCAUUCUUAGAAUUAGAUAAGCCAUUAAUGUUUACAAUGCACCAAAAUGAUGUACGUUUCAUUGAAUUAUUCAUUGAAGAUAGUAGAUCAUUCGAACGAUUGCGUCGAAUAAUUACUGCUGAUGGUUUAUAUAAAAAUUUGAAUGAAAAUGAUCGAUCAGCAAUGCUACCCAUUGUCGAUAAAAAAGGAGAUAUUCGCCAGAUGUACUAUGCAACUUGUUUUAAACCAAAUACGAUCAAAUUUUAUUCCAAUGCUCAAGCAUCACUUUUAGCUAGUAAAAUUUAUCAAAUUGCUGCUGAAUCUGAAAAAAAUUUUGAAAAAAAACUUGUUUAUCGAAAUCGAAAGAAAAUAUUCGAUGAACAUGCAACAAUAAUAAUGAAUCGAUGUUUUAAUAUACAUGAAGAUUUAGCCGUUCAAAUAUUGACAUCACAUUCUGAAGUCUAUUUUGAUUAUAGUCCAUUAGAAUUGGCCGAAGAAAUUGGUAGUCAGUCGUUUUUGGGAACAAAAUGUGUACAAAAAUAUCUUGACAGACAAUGGAGCGGUGCUAUCAUAGGUGAUACAAAUUCGUCAAUAUGUAUUCGUGCUCUACAGACAUGUCUAAUAAAUCCCAUAUGUUUACCUGGUCCUGGUUUUGAAUUUUUUAGAUCACCAUGCGUGCGAUUUCGAUUAAAUAUUUUAUUUACAAUUAUGUUUCUAUUCUUGUUCAGUACUGUUCUUCUUCAUGAUUAUCGACCUAGCAAUGGUAAUAAACGGAAUUUUUUUGGUAUAUCAUGGAAAGAAAUAUUUGUUCAUAUUUGCAUGAUCGGUAUUAUCGCUGAUGAAAUCUUUCAAGUAAAAUUUUUAUAUUGUACACUGAUUACAUAUUCAUGA